ACCGCGCUUCACCCUGCGAGCCUCGAUGGGACCUGUGACGUCACCUCACUUCCCGUGUAGCCAUCCGCCACAGGGAAACGUAGUCCCCCGCGCCAGCUGACUUCAUGCCCCCCACGCACACUACGCAGCACAGAGACUCCUAGUGUCCAUCUGCACCAGACAGCGGCUCUGCGCCCUCUGAGAGACCUUCUAAAACUCCGUAAAUCUGUCUUUCCUCGGGGGGCGGCGGUGGAAGUAGUUCCGGUUCGAGGGAGCCUGAUGGGUUCCUCCGCGACGGGCGUGAGAGGAUGGCGACCUCGACGAUGCCGGAGUCGGAGAGCGGCACAGCAGCCAGAGGCUGAGAGUAAAAGCCUCGUAUACCGCACUUCGCUGUCAGUCGGUCCCCGGAACAGAUGGAGGAGAACGAGGUGGAGAGCAGUAGCGACGCGGCCCCUCGGCCUGGCCAGCCGGAGGAGCCAUCUGAGAGCGGCCUGGGUGUGGGCACCUCGGAAGCGGUGUCCGCGGACAGCAGCGAUGCGGCGACCGCCCCAGGAUUAACGGAGGCCGACGACUCUGGCGUGGGGCAGAGUUCAGACAGUGGCAGCCGCUCUGUGGAAGAGGUAUCUGAGAGCAUUUCAACAGACCCUUUGCCUCAUGGCUACCUCCCCGAUUCAUCUUCUGUGUCCCGGAGACCAGAGGCAGAGGUGCCAGGUGGGCCUCCAGCCCUGGUGCAUUCCAGUGCUCUCCCAGACCCCAGCAUACUGGUGUCUGACUGCACAGCUUCCUCCUCAGACCUCGGCUCCGCCAUUGACAAGAUCAUUGAGUCUACCAUUGGCCCGGACCUCAUCCAGAGCUGCAUCACCGUGACCAGCGCUGAAGAAGGAGGAGCUGAAACUACACAGUACCUGAUCCUGCAGGGCCCAGAUGAUGGUGCACCCAUGACAUCACCAAUGUCUACUUCCACCCUGGCCAACAGUCUCGCAGCCAUUGAAGCACUGGCUGAUGGUCCCACAUCCACAUCUACAUGCCUAGAGCCUCCUGAAGAACCCCAGGGAGACGGCUCUCUAGCUCAGCCACCCCCAGCCCCUGUCACCGAGGAGCUGGACCUGCAGAGCUUGGAGGCCAUGAUGGAGGUGGUGGUUGUGCAACAGUUCAAGUGCAAGAUGUGCCAGUACCGGAGCAGCACCAAAGCAACCCUGCUCCGCCACAUGCGGGAGCGGCACUUCCGCCCAGCAGCCGCCGCAGCAGCACCUGGUAAAAGGGGCCGUCUACGGAAGUGGGGCACUUGCACAAAGACCACCGAGGAAGAAGGGCCGGAGGAAGAGGAGGAGGAUGACAUUGUGGAUGCGGGGGCCAUUGACGAUCUGGAGGAGGACAGUGACUACAAUCCAGCUGAGGAUGAGCCCCGGGGUCGGCAGCUACGGCUCCAGCGUCCCACCCCCAGUACCCCGAGACUUCGAAGGAGGCCUGGCCGGCCCCGAAAGCUGCCUCGCCUAGAGACCUUAGAUGGUGUAGGAGAACCUCUAGUGAGUUCCCAAAGCACACAGAGCCCUCCAGAGCUGCAAGAUCUUGAGGCUCCCAGCUCUUCAGGUCCAGGAUGCCUAGUUGCCAUGGGCAAGGUGGGGAGGGGUCCGGUGGAAUCUGGUGUGAGUCAGUCAGAUGCUGAGAACGCAGCCCCUCCUGGCCAGGAUGAACCCGAGGUGCCACCCCGACGCCGAGGACGGCCCUCCAGACGGUUCCUAGGGAAGAAAUACCGAAAGUACUACUACAAGUCGCCCAAGCCGCUGCUCAGGCCUUACCUGUGCCGCAUAUGUGGUUCACGAUUCCUGUCCCAUGAGGACCUUCGCUUCCAUGUCAACUCCCAUGAGGCUGGUGACCCACAGCUCUUCAAGUGCCUACAAUGCAACUAUCGCUCCCGCCGCUGGUCCUCCCUCAAGGAGCACAUGUUCAACCACGUGGGCAGCAAGCCCUACAAGUGUGAUGAGUGCAGCUACACGAGUGUCUACCGGAAGGACGUCAUUCGACACGCAGCAGUGCAUAGCCAGGACCGAAAGAAGAGGCCAGAUCCGACCCCAAAGCUGAGCUCUUUCCCUUGCCCAGUGUGUGGCCGUGUGUACCCCAUGCAGAAGAGACUAACACAGCACAUGAAGACUCACAGCACUGAGAAGCCACACAUGUGUGACAAGUGUGGAAAGUCCUUUAAGAAGCGCUACACUUUCAAAAUGCACCUGCUCACACACAUCCAGGCCGUUGCCAACCGCAGGUUCAAGUGUGAGUUCUGCGAGUUCGUUUGUGAGGACAAGAAGGCACUGUUGAACCACCAGCUGUCUCAUAUGAGCGACAAGCCUUUCAAAUGCAGCUUUUGUCCCUACCGCACCUUCCGGGAGGAUUUCCUGCUAUCCCAUGUGGCUGUCAAGCACACAGGGGCCAAGCCCUUUGCCUGUGAGUACUGCCACUUCAGCACUCGCCACAAGAAGAAUCUGCGCCUGCAUGUGAGAUGCCGACAUGCAAACAGUUUUGAGGAGUGGGGACGGCGCCACCCCGAGGAGCCCCCUUCCCGCCGCCGCCCCUUCUUCUCUCUGCAACAGAUAGAAGAGCUGAAACAGCAGCACAGUGUGGCCCCUGGCCCUCCCCACAGCUCACCAGUGCCUGAGGCCUCUCAAGAGCCAGCACCUUUCCAGUCACCUGAGACUCCUCCACUCCUCUGUCCUGAUGCCCUGGGUGCUGCCACAAUCAUCUACCAGCCAGGAGCUGAGGAGUCCACUGCAAUGGCCACUCAGACGGCCUUGGAUCUGCUGUUGAACAUGAGUGCCCAGCGGGAGCUAGGGACAUCCCUGCAGGUGGCUGUGGUGAAGUCAGAGAGCAUGAAGGCAGAGCUGACCUCUACUGGUAGGCAGCCUUCCCCUGAGGACACCACUCCACAGGUGAUGACGCUUCAUGUGGCAGAGCCAGGGGGCAGUGUGGCAACUGAGAGCCAGCUAGGGCCCCCUGGCCUACAGCAGAUUGCCUUGCCAUCUGGGCCGUUUGGUGGGGCCAGCUACAGUGUUAUCAGAACACCCCCAAUGGAGGAGAGGGCACCAGCUGGCAUACCUUACAGUGAAGAGCCUCCAGGGGAGGCAGCCCAGGCUGUGGUUGUGAGUGACACUCUCAAGGAGGCUGGCACCCACUACAUCAUGGCAGCUGAUGGGACCCAGUUGCACCACAUAGAGUUGACUGCAGAUGGUGCCAUCUCCUUCCCAAGCCCAGAUACUCUGGCCCCUGGGACCAAGUGGCCCCUGCUGCAGUGUGGAGGGCCACCCAGAGAUGGUCCUGAGGUUCUGUCUCCAAUGAAGACCCACCAUGUGGGAGGUCCCCAGGGCUCUUCCACCCCACCUCCGACAGCCAGCCACACCCUAGGCCUGGUAGUACCCCCUUCCCCACCAUCUACAAAAGCUUCAUCAGCAAAGAAGUUCUCCUGCAAGGUGUGUUCAGAGGCCUUCCAUGGCCGAGCAGAGAUGGAAAGUCACAAACGGGCCCAUGCUGGGCCUGCUGCCUUCAAGUGCCCCGACUGCCCCUUCAGUGCUCGCCAAUGGCCUGAGGUCCGGGCUCACAUGGCACAGCACUCCAGCCUGAGGCCCCACCAGUGCAAUCAAUGUAGCUUCGCCUCCAAGAACAAGAAGGAUCUGAGGCGGCACAUGCUAACACACACCAAUGAGAAGCCCUUCUCAUGCCACCUCUGUGGGCAGCGUUUCAACCGGAAUGGGCACCUCAAAUUCCACAUCCAGCGGCUACACAGCAGUGAUGGGAGAAAGACUGCACCUUCUACAGCCCGAGCCCCAGCCCAGACCAUCAUCCUCAACAGUGAAGAGGAGACACUGGCCACGCUGCACAAUGCCCUCCAGUCCAGUCAUCAUGGGGCCCUGGGUCCAGAUCGGCUACAGCAAGCACUGAGCCAGGAACACAUCAUUGUGGCCCAGGAACAGACGGUGACCAAUCAGGAGGAAGCUGCCUACAUCCAGGAAAUCACCACAGCAGAUGGCCAGACAGUACAGCACCUGGUGACCUCAGAUAACCAGGUUCAGUAUAUCAUCUCUCCGGACGGUGUGCCACACCUCUUGCCACAGGAGUACGUUGUAGUCCCUGAUGGCCAUCAUAUCCAGGUCCAGGAGGGCCAGAUCACACACAUCCAGUAUGAGCAAGGUACCCCGUUCCUGCAGGAGUCCCAGAUUCAGUAUGUACCUGUAUCCCCGGGCCAGCAGCUUGUCACCCAGGCUCAGCUUGAGGCUGCAGCACAUUCUGCUGUUACAGCGGUGGCUGAUGCUGCCAUGGCCCAAGCCCAGGGCCUGUUUGGCACUGAGGAGGCAGUGCCCGAACACAUCCAACAGCUGCAACACCAGGGCAUCGAGUACGACGUCAUUACCCUCUCCGAUGACUGAGCCUCAAAGGCCCAACGCUGAUCAUGGAUAUUGGGGCCAGCUCUCCUGGAGACUAGGUCUUUCCUGUCCUACUUAGGGCCUCCAGAUACUGGACAGUCGGUAUCACUUGACUCCAAAGGAGCCAGACCUGUGCCCUUAGGGGGCAGCCAUGGGCUCCAGCCAGGACAUGCUGGGUGCCUCAGCCUGCUGGCAGGCUUUGGGAGAGAAAUUUAUUUUUGUUUUCAUGGACCCACUGGCUCCUCAGUCUCAAUAAAGGGACCAGAGUCCAGCCCUUGCAACUCUCUUUAUAUGUGCUAAUAUGUGUAUAUGUAUUAUGUGUAUGUAUACACAUAACUCUAGUAUAUGUGCUAAUAACCUGAAUCUGGUAAGGGCCAGAAAACCAGGCAGAGGUCUCAACAAGUAGAGGCUACCUGGCUCUACAUGCCUCUUAUGAACAGUGGUCCGAGUACAGGACAAACCAGCCUCAUCUCCGGAAAGGGCAGAGCUAGAGAGAACCCUGUUUCCUCCAUGGGCUACCUGUCUCCAGAGCCUCAGAGGGCAGGUACUAUUCUGAGGCCUGAGCCUUUGGUGUAUAUAUAAUCAGAGGUAUUCUGCCUCUGAGGCUACACUUCGUGAGCCAGAUGUAAAACACUUAGCAGCCUGAGAGUUUGGUUUAGCCAGGGACUAGAGGUAUCCAGGCAGGCCCAGCAGUAAUGCCCUGACUCCUCCAACCUGCUGAGCUCAGAUAGCAGCUUCUAAAGACUCAGUCCUGCAAGGAUCCCAGAGGGGUGUGAAGGCAGCCGGGAUCUUGAUAAGGGGCACCUGAAUAUGGUAGAGAGUGGUCAGAGAGGUAACCGCCCCAAGACCCUCACACACUCUUGGGAAGUUUCUGUAUUUCCUUUUACAAAUGAAACAAGGCAGCAACAGGGUCAGUGUGGGGCUGGGAAGGCAUAGGACUAUUUACAAGGGAUUUGGUGAAUCUGAAGAAGUGGGAGCAGGGAGGGGGAGCCCUGGAAGAGCCAUAAUAUUCCUAUGUUCCUGGCAGCUCAAGUCCUGCUGCCACCCCAGGGUGGGGGCCCCUGGGGUCUGCUCAGCCCUGAGGACUGAGUCCCAGCAGUCUAUAACAGCACCCCUGGGGCUCCUUCUCCCCGCAGGAAAUGUUAAGUGGGGUGAGACUCUCGACUAGGGCCCUGUUCCCGGCCGGAGUCCCGGUCCUUGGCCUCUGAGGAGGAGGAGGAAGAGCUGGAGCCGUGGCUGCGGCCCGACUGCUUGUAGGCAGCGGUGAGCUCCUGCAGCCGCUCCGGUGUUGGCCCCCACUUGGCGAAGCCGGGGUCAUUCUGCAAGAAGAGCACGGCCGUGUUGUGGACGGCCUUGUAGUGCAUUUCCUCCCUGUGGGCAAAGGCAGCUGCUCAGAGCGGGGAACAGACCGACCUGUCCACCCAGCCUGCCAGCUGGACCCGGCUUCCUUCCCCUGCUGCCCGGGGCACCUACUUCUUGCAGAUGUGCUGGGAGCCACUGCGGUACUCGUGCUCAAAGGCAGGCAAGACCAGCUGGUGGCGUUUGAAGCGACUCUGUUCCAUUCGGUUGGCAGCACACCCACCUCGAAGUGAGAGACCAUAGCAUCCAUGAGCUCCUCGCAGAACGGAGGGUUGGCCUCAAAGGAACCACUCAGCGGGGUGAAGUCCAGGCAGGGCCUACAGAAAGGGAAGCACUAACAACCCAGAGGCAGAGCACAUAGCAGAUUCUACCCAGCACUACUUCAAGAAACAGGUUCCCACAAAUCAGUCCAGUUACUGGCCCUGAGGUACAGCCAGUUGAUGCCAGCUGGCUCCCCAUCUCGCCCCUACCUGGGAUGUUGUUUUCCUUGAGGAUGGCAAGGUGCUUCUCUCGGAUCCGUUUAACAUACUCCAGGGAGAUGUGGUAGAUCUUGCUACAGAUGCCUUCCACCGAGUCCUUGGCUGCAGCGGAGACAUGGGGCCCACACUGCCUCCGAAGGUGCUCCAGGCGGUCCUGGAGGAAAGCCUGGUCAGGACACUGGUGGUGAAAGGGCCUCGGCAGGGCUGGCAGGUGAACUCUUGUGGGACUAUUGGAGCCCAGAUAUCCUACUUUUGAAAAUGGCUCUACUGUUUACUAGCCACGGUGCUUGGAUCCCUUGGCUUCUCUGAUUCUUGGUCCUAUCAAGGGAAUUCAAGCUAGCAAAUAGGACAUUGUGAAUAGUCAGUGUCAUUUCCCUUGAUCCACUAAGCAUCUGUCAUGUAAGCAUCCAUUGAAUGGCUGCAGUUUUUUCGUACAGCAUUUGCUAUCUAUUGGAAGGGAGGACCGCUACGGCACUGGGAACUUGGUGCAGAGUUAAAGGCUGUGCUUUAAGCAUUUGUAAAAAGAAUUACACCUGAAACUACAGCAUGAGAACCAGUGACUCCGGAUAGUGAGUGUACCUAUCUUUGUCACCAAGUGUCUAGUACACUUAAGGAUGUGAUGUUUGAAACCUCUCUCUUGUGGAAAAGUCCUAGGCUUGCUGAUACAGAUGCUUGAGUGGCAGGCAUGGGCCAGAGAACAGGAAGGCUGUGUAGGGACUAAGUGUAGGGGCUGAAUCUGAAGGUGGCUGCUGUUUUUUGAUAUUUAUUUUAUUUGUGUGUAUAUAUGAGUGUUUUGCUGUUAUUUGUUUGUAUACCGCAAGUGUGCCUGGGGCCCGCAGAAGCCAGAAGAGGGCAUCAGAUCCCUUGUAAUGGCGGUUACAGUUGUAAGCCCCGUGUAGGGCUGGAGUCUAACCCCAAUCCACUGGAAAAACAGCUGGUACUCUCAACUGUUGAGCUGUCUCUCCAGCCCUCUAAAGGUAGCCUUUAAUUGUAAUAGGGACACACACAAGAAAAUACAGAUCUGUUCUCAAAGA